UGUUCAGAAAGUUAAUAACAUACAAGAAACAGCCAUUGCAAUAACACCAUUUCAAGCUACAGAAGAAAAUCAUUUAUCAUUUGAACAAGGUCAAAUUAUUUAUAUAACCAAAAAAGAUGAUAAAGGAUGCUUCCUGAUCAACCAGUACGUGUUGGCUGGUUUCCUGAAUAAUUUCUUGUACAUAAAUCUAACAUAUUUGAUAUUUUCUUUAAAAUUACCUCAAUAUAUUGCUAUAUUUCCAUAUGAAGCUCAACAAGAUGAUGAAUUAAGUUUUCCAGCUGAUGCUAUUUUAGAAAUAUUACAUGAAGCUGAUACUAGUGGAUGGUUUAAAGCUCGUUUUGGUGAUCAAGUUGGUUUAAUUCCAUCGACUUAUGUACAACCAAUUGAUACGCAUAGUCAAUGUAAGUACAAUUGA